UGCUUGCUCCUGCCCUCGUCCCCUCCCCUGCCCACUCCAGCCUCAGCCCCCUCCUCCUCCUCGCCCCGCCAGGUACCGGCCGUAUUUGUACCGGGGGCUUCACGGGGUGCGUGGGCGCCCACGGGUAGGCGGCGGGGCGGGUGUCCGCCUGUGUCCGUGUGUCUGUCCGUGUGUGCGCGCUGCCCAGGGGGAGGUUUCUUGCACACGCACACGCACACACAGACACAAACGCGCACACCCGGAGGAACAGCCCCGCUCCGGGGCUCCCACCCCCCCACCCCCCCCCUUCCACCCCACCCCCCCGCCCUUUUCCCGGCUUCAAACCAUGUUCCAGCCGUCUGCGAAACGCUGCUUCACCAUCGAGUCCUUGGUGGGGAAAGACACCCACCUCAGCCCCGAGGACCCUCCGCGCCCCGCCGCCCUCGCUUACCCCGGACCCGGGCCCGCUGCCGCCACCGACGCCGCUGCCUUCGCCCCCGGUUUCCAGGGCGCUGCCGCCGCCGCCGGCCGGGCCCUCUACGGCAGCGCCGAGCUUGUAUUCCCCGAGGCCGUGGGGCACCCGGCGCUGCCCGUCGGGCCCCAUCAGUUGGGGGGGUCAGCGCUGCCGCACCCCCACUCUUUCUUCGGGCCGCAACACCGAGACCCGCUGAACUUCUAUCCCUGGGUGCUGCGCAACCGCUUCUUCGGGCACCGCUUCCAAGGGAGUGAGGUGUCUCAGGAGAGCCUGCUUCUCCACGGCCCCUUCGCACGGAAACCCAAACGCAUCCGCACUGCCUUCUCACCAUCCCAGCUCCUGCGCCUGGAGCGAGCCUUCGAGAAGAACCACUACGUGGUGGGUGCCGAGCGCAAGCAGCUGGCCAGCAGCCUCAGCCUCUCCGAGACUCAGGUGAAGGUGUGGUUCCAGAACAGGAGGACGAAAUACAAACGCCAGAAGCUGGAGGAGGAAGGACCUGACUCGGAUCAGAAGAAGAAGGGUUCUCACCACAUCAACCGAUGGCGCCUCGCCACCAAGCAGUCGAGUGGAGAAGACAUCGACGUCACCUCCAACGACUAAGGCAAGGACAGGCUCCUGGUGCAGCCACCAUGGAGAGGAACCCAGGGGAGGAAGGGAGGACACCGGUGGCAUCACCAAACGAACUGUAGGGACGUCGCCAAAGCCACUGCCACCACCUCCUGCUGCCUUUCCUCUGGGGUGCCCGGCCUGACCGGGCACCCAUGCCCCAUCCCCCCCCGCCACCCGGGCCAGCCCUCGGAGGUGCUUUUUGGGAAGCUCCUGCUGCCGAGCCGGGGAGGAAGAGGAGGCUGCCAGGGCACUUGCAGCCCUGGGCCACUACUGCGUGUCCUCCUCUGCGCUGGAAGCCGUCUGUCAGCCAUCAGAUCAAAUCAAAACGUCCUACCUAGAAGCUCAGUGUGCCCAACCCUACUUUCAUUUUCCUCUUCAUCCUCUUUUCUUUUUUCCCCCCUUUUUUUUGUUGUCGUUGUUGUUCUCCCUCUUUUUCUCCAUCGUUGGCUUUUUGGUUCUGGUUUGGUUUGUGGUUUGUUUUGUUGGCUUUGGUUUUUUUUUUACACAGUUUAUUUUAACUUAUUCUUUUAUUUUUGUGCCUGUGUGCGUGCGUUCCCUGUUGUAGGUAGUCAGCAGCUGUAGUGUGUGUUACUGCGUGGUAAUAAAAAGCAAAAUGUGCUGGAAAA